CAGAUCACAUAGGAAGAGAAGCGGGUUCGGACGUGGAGAUGUGCAGCACUGGCUUGUAUGAUAGAGAUCGGUAAUAAAAAAAAAAUCCAAAGAAACCGAGGGGCCUUAAGACCACAAUCAGGCGACUACACUCAUCAUUGGCAGGAAGUGGUAAAUAGAUUAAUGUCCUGAAUGAAGACCGCAUACCCCGCCUAUCUAUGCCUUGCCAAGGAUUUGGAUGCUUGCACCAUGAACCCAGAGAUGACAAUGGAGAGCAUUGGCAGUCUGCAUUGUGGAGUAAACCACGACCACGGUCUGAUGAAUAUUCACAGUGCCCAACAUAAUCGGAACACAGACGCUUCUUUGCGGAUCCAUCAGGAUUUAACAGCAGCAUCUUCGCGGUCAGCUAUGGUUUGUAGUAUGGCUACGAUUCUUGAUGGGUCUGGAGAGUACCGUCCUGAAUUGUCUCUCCCACUCCAUCACGCGAUGAGCAUGUCAGGCGACACAUCCCCAUCUGCGAUAGGAAUGAACGGAACCUAUACUCAUUUAACUCCACUCCAGCCACUGCCGCCCAUAUCUACUGUUUCGGAGAAAUUCAACCAUCCCCAUCAUCAUCACCAACACCAACGUAUUUCUGGAAACGUAACAGGAAGUUUUUCGUUAAUGCGGGAUGAAAGGAGUUUACCAGCAAUAAACAACCUCUACAGCCAGUACCAUAAAGACAUGACAGGUAUGAAUCAAAGUUUAUCCCCGUUGGGCAGCAGUCCCCUUGGAAACAGCCUGAGUACCAUUCAUAACACACAGCAGAGCCUCCACAACUAUGGAAGUCAUGGGCCCGACAAGAUUCUGAGCCCCAACUUUGAUGACCAUCCCACGAUACUCGCCAGAGGGGAUCAACACUUUUCUCGAGGACUCAAUGGUACCACGACAGGUAUUAUCCCACAUUUAAACGGAAUGCACCAUACUGGACAUCAAGGGCACCCUCAAUCCCACGGGCCCACGUUAAUUUCCAGCCGAGACAGACCGCCCUCCUCCCCUGAAACGCAAGGUGCCAACUCGGGGCAGCUGGAGGAGAUCAACACCAAGGAACUGGCACAAAGAAUAGCGGCGGAACUAAAGCGAUACAGCAUCCCGCAGGCUAUCUUCGCUCAGCGAGUACUCUGUCGCUCGCAGGGGACCCUGUCUGACCUUUUAAGGAACCCGAAACCUUGGAGUAAACUUAAAUCUGGAAGGGAGACUUUUAGGCGAAUGUGGAAAUGGCUGCAAGAACCUGAGUUUCAAAGAAUGUCGACCCUACGACUUGCAGGUAAGGCAGGUACCCUGACAAAAGCUUUGU